AUGGUAUCUUCCUUUCCGCCCUCGUGCAAUCCGAAGCAGCCCCUGGAGCAGAUGUCUUCCAUGGAUCGUGUUUCUUUUUUCCGUCGUGCAUUCCAAAGCAGCCCCUCGGAGCUGGUGUCUUCCAUGGAUCGUGCCGCACUGGUUGCGUUGUUUCGUUCGACUGAUGGAGCGAAUUGGAAGACGAACAGCAACUGGAACACGGACGCGGGGCUAGCUACUUGGGAGGGGGUCAAAGUUAACCACGCGGGCCGUGUGGUGGGGCUGUCUCUGCCGAACAACAACCUCCACGGACCCAUCCCCGAGGCGCUUGGAGCUCUCAGCGAGCUGAAGAAGCUUUUUAUGCACGACAACAAGCUCACUGGGCCCAUCCCGGGAGAGCUUGGAGCUCUCGACAGGUUGGAACAUCUUUGGCUUGACGGCAACCAACUCUCAGGACUCAUCCCCGAGGCGCUUGGAGCUCUCAGCGAGCUGGAGGAGCUUUUUAUGCACGACAACAAGCUCACUGGGUCCAUCCCGGGAGAGCUUGGAGCUCUCAGCAAGUUGGAACAGCUUUGGCUCCAUUGCAACCAACUCUCAGGACCCAUCCCCGAGGCGCUUGGAGCUCUCGGCGAGCUGAAGACGCUUUUUAUGCACGACAACAAGCUCACUGGGUCCAUCCCCGGAGUGCUUGGAGCUCUCGGCGAGUUGGAAGAGCUUUGGCUCAACGGCAACCAGCUCUCAGGUUCCAUCCCCGGAGAGCUUGGAGGCCUCGGAAAAGUGCAAAUUCUUCGACUCGAGGGCAACCAGCUGACCGGGACUAUUCCCGAGGCGCUUGGAGCUCUCAGCGAGCUGGAGACGCUUUGCAUGAACGACAACAAGCUCACUGGGUCCAUCCCAGGAAUGCUUGGAGCUCUCGGCAAGUUGGAACAGCUUUUUCUCUACGGCAACCAACUCUCAGGUUCCAUCCCCGGAGAGCUUGGAGGCCUCGGAAAGGUGCAAAUUCUUCGACUCGACGGCAACCAGCUGACCGGGACUAUUCCCGAGGCGCUUGGAGCUCUCAGCGAGCUGAAUAACCUGGACAUGGGCGACAACAAGCUCACUGGGCCCAUCCCAGGAGUGCUUGGAGCUCUCGGCAAGUUGGAACACCUUUUUCUCUACGGCAACCAGCUCUCAGGUUCCAUCCCCGGAGAGCUUGGAGGCCUCGGAAAGGUGCAAAUUCUUCGACUCGACGGCAACCAGCUGACCGGGACUAUUCCCGAGGCGCUUGGAGCUCUCAGCGAGCUGGAGACGCUUUGCAUGAACGACAACAAGCUCACUGGGUCCAUCCCAGGAGUGCUUGGAGCUCUCGGCAAGUUGGAACAGCUUUUUCUUUACGGCAACCAGCUCUCAGGUUCCAUCCCCGGAGAGCUUGGAGGCCUCGGAAAGGUGCAAAUUCUUCGACUCGACGGCAACCAGCUGACCGGGACUAUUCCCGAGGUGCUUGGAGCUCUCAGCGAGCUGCAACAGCUUAUGAUGCACGACAAUAAGCUCACUGGGUCCAUCCCCGGAGUACUUGGAGAUCUCGGCAAGUUGGAACGGCUUGGGCUCAGCGGCAACGCACUUUCUGGACCCAUUCCCAAGGCGCUUGGAGCCCUCAGCAAGCUGGAGAUGCUUCUCAUCAACGGCAACAAGAUCACUGGAGGGCCGGCGAAAGACGAGAGUCUUGAUUCGUGGAGGGCAAGACUGCGGCAGCAGGAGCAGGCAGCUGAACGCGAAGACACAAAAGCGGAAAACCCCGCUGCACGCACCAGUUCCUCGACACAAGGCGACAAGCCCGGGAAGCCAGAUAGAGCUACCACUGGACCCAUAUCUGGUUCGUCACGGGAGGCAGAUAUGGACGACAUGACUCAGGCUCAGAUUUCUUCUUUUUCGGCGUUGAGCACGCUGUGUGGAGGGAGGCAUAAAAGCCUGGAGCAGGUUAGACAGCUUGUUGAAGCGCUGGGCAUCAAUCGCUCUUCUCCCGGCACGGGACUCAGCGAGACGGGUACGCUCGGGGAGGUGAACAGGCUGGUGGCAAUGGCCGAAGAUCUAGGCGGCAUGGUGUCGAGACACGUGAUGAAUGAAGACAUACAACGGCGGGAGCUGGCGUUGCCCCCGGGUCCCAAGGCAUACUACACGGCAAUCCGAACUGGUCUGUGUAACGCCUACCUCGCAGCCAGCGUCGUCUGCAGUAGCUUGGUUUGCACAAGCAAGACCGGUCGCAUGGGUGCGGCAGGGAAGACCUUGGAGUUUCUGUCGAGCGCGGUGCCUGUGGUCAGUGGGCUUGCGGGUUUGGCUGCCGCAGCUUUGAAGGCCGGAGACCGCUAUCUGCAAACUCGGCGAGUGUCGAAGAUCUGCGACAUCGCGCCUGACUCGACUGACUGUUGUUUGCUGGCGAGGACGUUGGCGUUGCAACUCUCGGAUGGGUAUGUGGACGGCACCCUCCCCACGACUGACACGGCUGAAGAACGUGGCACGCACACCACAGCAGGCAUGGGUGGUGUUGAGGGCGGGUGCGGAUGGAGCCAAGAUAUUGGCGCCUCGCCAGACUCUGCGACCGAGGAAGCCGUCAUGGACUGGUUUGUCGAAGAAGUGGCGGACUACGAGCCGAAUAACCUCGAUGCAAGGAAAACGACUCCUGCCGUACAGGCUGGGAGGAAGCUUGGGACAAGGCACCUCCAGACUCUUCUAAAGGCGGUUGGGCGGGAUUGCCUCCGCGGCACAAACACUCCUGACGAGAAGGUGAAAGUUCUUGUCGGGAUUAUACUCCCAGAGGCCGAGCGGAGAGUUGGUUCGACAUCUCACGGCACGCGGGAGCGUCUCAAUCACGACGCUAGCUCCGCCCAACCAGCUUCACGGCAGUCGCAUGCUGCAGCUACUCGUCCAGCCGUUCCUGACGGUGCUCCCAAGAGUGAUAUUGACGUGGCAGCGUUGAUGGAGCGCAUGGCUUCCAUGCGCAUUCGGACGGAAGCAACGCACGAAGAGCUUAAAGCCGGCCUGGAAGCUUCUCAUGCGAAACAUGUCGAGCUAGAAUCUGGUCUUGAAGCUUCUCAUGCGAAACAUGUCGAGCUUGAAUCUGGUCUUGAAGCUUCUCAAGCGAAACAAGUCGAGCUUGAAGCAGAGAACGCCAGGCUUAAUGACGUUUUGGAAGCGGCAAAUGCAAAAAACGCCAAGCUGGAGUCUGAGGUAAAAAUCCUGAACAAAAUGGUGAUGAAGCCUGGGCCGGACUCGGAUAGCUUGGUGCCUAGCGGGGGAGGGCAGGCUUUGCAGCAGCGGCAAGCUGUCACCGAGAGAGUGGAUGACUUUCUCGAGAGGUCUCAAGAGAGAGCACCGGCUGCGGGCAAUGAUGUGGUGACCCUGGGGCAGCUGGCAGAGGCGGUGGAGCUCCUGAAGGAAGUGCUUAGCAAGCACGAUGAGCUGCAUCGCGAGCAUGAUGCCACACUGAGCCGUGUUCAGAGGGCAGUUUGCAAGAUCACCCGUAAAUCGGAGACUAUGAGUGACGGCCUGGUGCCCCAGGACGAGCUGAGAGAGACCUUGGCACUCCACGACGAGCUGCUUCGCGAACUUGGUGCUAAAAACCGGUAGAGUCUGAGGAUGAACGUCUACAACAACGAAGUAAAUGUGCUCCUUUGCAGCGUGCCGGUGGCCUUCUCCGCUCGAGAUCAGCCGACUAUCAAGCCAUCACUGGAGCUUCGUCCCUUAGGCUGUGUGUUUUACUACGACGACGGCAGUACCACGAGAAUCGAUAGAUGACGUCAGGGGGCUGUUUUCAGGAGGUUUUACCUGUUCACUUUGUGAAGCUUGUUUCAUUUAUGAACUUGAUUGAAUCAAGCGCCGAGGAACUUUGGGCGACGAGAGUAGGUCUUGGCGAUGAGGGGCUGAAGAUGUCCGAGGAGGUUGGUUGUUUUGUCUUGUUCGCGCAUGCCGUAUCUGUGGUGGACGGCGUUAUUUGCGACUCUUGCGUGGUUUUCCGGGAUUGGCGACGGACAAGCGGUAAUUUUUUUGUCGCGUUGCUUCAAGGGAUUGGCGACGGGCAGGCUGCAAAAAUUGUGUCGUUUAUUGUGCUUCCCUUGAUUAACCCAACACUGCACUUGUUUCACC